AUGGCGCUCAGCCACCCAGAAGCUGAACCAGCGACUGGUUUUGAGCUCGAAGUACAUCGAUUUCCAUUUCUAACGGCGCCAGGCGCUCCACCGUCGCAUGAAGCGACGAAUUCGUCUGCUCGACGGUUAGGAGCCGCUCCGAGAGGGCGCAAUAGUCCUAAACGUGAGGCAGUUAGUGCACAAAAGGCUGCAGGCUUUCGAGGUCUUCCGCACGGCGGAAUGCAACCUCGGCGAGAUGAUCGGCGGAGUGCCAAUGACGAUGGACUUUGUCCUCCAGAGCUCGAAGAGCAUCGAGUGUCACCGGACGGCGAUCGACCAAGUCGUCAUCGUCCACCACCGACUUUUAUCGAUGAGAAUGAUGGCGUCCACUAUCACGUGGAACGACUUGUAGGUCGACGUCGUCGACGGGGUUUUACCUAA